AUGGAUCUCUCUUCCCUCGAAGGCCCCCCGAUCCACAACCCCCGGCUCGCCGAACCGGCCUGCAACAUGUCUGUUCCUCAGAUACACCUCGAGCAUACCUUCUUCACUAGUCCAGGAGCAGAGGGAUUGCACCUACUGCAAAGACCUGCGUCCGCCGACGCUCAUGCCCUUCGCCGAACAAAGUAUCUCAACCCGGCCUACGUCCGCCACACUGCACGGCCCCGUCUUCGAGUCCAAGCUGGCCCACCCGUCGAGCUUGACUCUCCUGCUUGGGCUAGUCACAGCCCUAAUUACAGUCGCAAUCACAGUCACAGCCACAGCCAGAGCUAUCGUCACAGUAACUCCGAUCUCUCCAGCCUCUCGUCGGCGCAGAGCCGUCCUCGCCGACUCACCUGGGUCGAAAGCGAGAGUAUCUGGGUCGUCACGAGCCCCUCCACCAGCUCGCCGACUUCUUCGUCGACAUGGGGAGAUGUAAACUGGUCCGCGGCCGCCUACCGCCCUCCUCCACUUCAGCAUUCUCGGUCAAUGGAUAUGACUCUGGCUCAUAGCCAGGCCCACCCACAGCAGCCGGACGACGACGAUCUCCCGCCCCCGUAUGAACGGCAUUACUUUGAUAGACCUCUUCCUCCUCUUCCGCCUGGGGCAGAGAUGGAUCAUUCGGUGGGAGGGAGUGCAUAUAGCCAGAGUAUGAGUUCGGAUUCAAGUCAUCACACUCGCGCAUCGCGAUGGACGGAGAUAGCGCGGCGGAUGAACCGCGCUCCGGUUGGAUGA